AUGUGGGACGCGGACGAGACCUACAUGACGUCAACAUCAUUCAAGCAGGCGAUCGGCUCCGUCCGAACCGGCUUCAGCAAAACCCAGCUCGCCAAACUGAGGAAUCAUGUCAAGAUAGCCAAGCAAAGCAGACUAAAGACACGGUACUGGGAUAUUCCGGACUGGCCAAUUGGCUAUAGAGAUUAUAUCUGGCAGGUAUUGACUGAGGAGGGUGUUGAUUUUCUGAAUGUGGACGACCUUGAAAGUGCUGUGAGACACGGGUGGGUAGAGGGAUAUAUCAAGGAUGUCAUCUGGAUGGCUGUUGUCUCGGCAUACAUCUUUGCCUGCGGCUUCACAAUGCUUGUAAUGUGGCGCCGCCAUCUUAGAAAGCAGUGGUUACAAAGGAUUGCGGAUGCAAACAGAAGAGGUCUCAAUGAAGGAGAUUUAGAGUUGUAA